CACCUGACUGCUGCCACCCUCUGCUUCCUGGCUUUUGAAACAGAGGGCUGGUGGAGGCGGGGCUUAGCUAGACCCCACCCCUGUGCUGACCCUCUGAGUGAGACUGGCGCCUCCUGAUGGACCAGGGUGGUAGCGAGCAGCCUGGAGCAGAGGAGCCAGACUCUGGGGGUCGAGCAGAGUGGGAGGAAAGCAGGAGGGUGUCCGAGCCUGAUCAUGGCCUGUCCAAAAUUACCCACAAUGCCUUGGAGAACAUGGGCGUGCUGGGCCACGGCCUGAAGCACUUCUUCCAACCUCAGCGAAGACGCUCGUCCGUCUCGCCGCACGACUACGCCUCUUCCUCCACAGGCCCCAUCCCUGAGCCCCCAGAAGCGGGGCCAGAGUUGGGGGAAGUGCCUGCCGUGAUGGUUGCUUCCCCUAACUCUGAACCCCACGCUUCCGCCCCCCCUGCAGCUCUGAGCCGUGUGCUGCAGCAAAUUCGAGGCCCCCCCAUGAUGAAGAGAGGGACCAGCCUGCAGAGCCGCCGCAGCAAGUCAGGGGGGGGAGGGGAGGCCCCCCAGAAAGGCAGCCCCCAGAUCCACAGGCGCAGUACCCAGGAGACCUUGCUACAGGCGGGACGGCCACGCUCCUCCUCCACCACUGAUACACCCAGCAGCCCAGCUUUUUCGGACAUGUUGUUGACCUCUGGGUACCACUCCACUGAGGAGGCUGAUCGGGUAAGUGUAACUGGUGGACUCUCAAGUAUCUCUCAGGCAACUCACUCUGCCGCAGGAGCAGUUGUGUCCAAACCUCGUGAGUUUGCCUCUCUCAUCCGCAACAGGUUUGGAAGUGCAGACAACAUCUCUGCCCUAAAAGACUCUCUGGAUGAACAACAAGAGGACGAGCCUGUAACAAGUACAGGGACAGCAGGCACUAGGACCCUAGGACCUGGGCAACUACAGUCCAGCCCAAAGUACGGCAGUGAGGACGACUGCUCCAGCGCUACGUCAGGGUCAGCAGGAGCAAAUAGCGCCACGGGGGCUCCUGGAGGCCCUCCGAGCUCAAAGGGUAAUACACUGGAGCAUGGCCAGAGCUCUGGCUUUGAUGCACUGCUGCACGAGAUCCAGGAACUGAAGGACAACCAGAGUCGACUAGAAGAAUCCUUUGAAAACCUUAAGAGCCACUAUCAGAGAGACUACACAGAAAUCAUGCAGGCCCUGCAAGAGGAGAGAUACAGGUGUGAACGUCUAGAGGAGCAGUUGAAUGAUUUAACAGAGCUGCAUCAAAAUGAGAUUAUCAACUUGAAGCAGGAGCUGGCCAGCAUGGAGGAGAAAAUUGCUUACCAGUCUUAUGAACGAGCCAGAGACAUACAGGAGGCGCUGGAGGCCUGUCAAACGCGCAUCUCAAAGAUGGAGCUUCAACAGCAGCAGCAACAAGUGGUUCAAUUGGAAGGUUUGGAAAACGCCACAGCACGCACUUUACUUGGCAAACUCAUCAACGUGCUGCUGGCUGUCAUGGCGGUACUCCUAGUGUUUGUCUCAACGGUCGCAAACUGUGUAGUUCCGCUGAUGAAAACACGUAGCCGUACGCUUUCCACAUUGCUCCUUGUCAUAUUCUUGGCUUUUCUGUGGCGGAAUUGGGAAGCCAUGUCGCAGUACCUGGACCGGUUUCUGCUGCACCCCAGAUGACCUGCAGGGGCAUUGCGGUUGUCAUUUCAUGAAAGGACUGGAGGGUGGGAACUUUGAUUCAAAGAUGGAGACUAACACUGCCUCAGUUGCACUUAGUAUGAAGGGACGCGACAAAAGAGUGGAGGACACGGACAAAUCCUACAACUUCUUUUUCUUGUUUCUUUAACAGAAGGAGUGAAUUUGUUUACAUUUUGAUCCUUUUCUGUCGACAUAAAUUGUAUUGCUGAGUUUCCUUUUAUUUGUUGUUGGAAAUGAUGCAAGUCGUGUUGUUCAUUGUUCUCGUAAUUAUUGUUAGGAUAUACAUUUAUGCAAUUUCCUGAGUAUUGCAUUGCAUUGAAUUGACUGGAGUGGUUUUAACAUGCACUGGAUGGAGAUGUUUCUCCUCGUUUUUAAUACCAUAUUAACUCCUAACUUCAAGCUGUUUCUUUCAUUUCUCUGUCUCUUCUACUGUUGUCUUGCUCUUCUUCUUGCGUGUGUCUCUUAACUCAAUUCAUUUCCUGUGCUCAUCGCUUCACUCUUCCCACUCGAAACCAUUUGCUGCUGUUUGGACUUCACUGCAGUUGUUACUGAAUGAAGGAAAAGAUGGAUUCGUUGAAGAGGAGGCAUCUGGAGUUUGAUCAAAUGGGCCGAGGAACCGGAACACUCUGGACCCGAGUCGGCCCCUCUUUGUCUCCAGCCCCAUGCCCUCAAAGAGGCACAGUCC